AAUACGAUGAUGCAUGAGUUACUGAAAAUCUGAAACAGAAGGGAGGCACCGCACAGGUGGAAGUCUGCUGACAUGGAAAUGCAGCGUCCUUUUUCUGGGAGGAGGAUUCUAGCUUUCAGAUGUUCAUAUCAGGUAUAACCGGAUAAUGCAUUGAUUUGGUAAGGAGCCUUUUCUGAAUUCGAAAAUCUUGUGAAAAAUGCACUCUGCCUUGUUCUGGAUAUUCUGGCAUCUCCAUAGGUUUUAUUUGAAAUGUUGUUUUAGACAAAGUUCACUUCCAACUGUACAAUUCCUUAAAACUGACGGGAAAAAGAAAAAGGAAUAAUGAAACUAGGUUUGAGAGUUGAAAAAAGUAUAUGAUAAGAGAGAGAGAGAGAAUAAAAGCUUCCAGAAAAAUUUUAUUUUUGUAGUACAUUCAGAAGUUUGCAGAUGUAUGCGUCUGUAUUUGUUCGUUGCUGUAUCUUGUUAUACGGGUGUAAUAACUUUCUUCCUAGGCCUGUUUUCUAUGCUUCAACCCAGAUUGCUAUUUAAAUCAGUUAGGCUAUCGUCUGUUGAAUUUAGGGCAAGGAUUUUUUGUUUUCUGGUUCAUCCAGGACCACCUUAUGGAUGUGCGGACGCAAAUAAGCUUUGCCAUUGGAGAUGAAUUAUGUUUGAUAAUUCAUCCAAUUCAGCAUUUAAAUUUAAUAAAUUUAGAUAUUAAUAUGUUUAGACGCGUUUGAUAAUAAAAAAUUGAACAUUUGAAUUAAUUAUAUGACAUCGAAUUUUCUAUGCAAAACUUGUUCUCAAAAUUAAGUGAGAUAAAUUAUUUACUUAUCAAUUUAUCAUUUAAUGUGAUAUACAUUCAAAUGUAUCGAAUUCAAUAAUGUAAUAGAUUCAAAUUUUAGAUUUCAGUUUUGGACUUUAAUUUUAUCAAAUGCACCAGAAAUCUUGGUUUCCUUAGAUUGGCUCUAUUAAAUACUCUACCGCCACUUCAACCCAGGAAACAUAAGUUAAAAAGAAAAAAAGAAGAUUGAUCUCAAAUUUAUAAGUGCCUAAGGUUUUUUUUUUUUUUUUUUGCUUUAUAUUUUUCCUUAGAAUUUGGUGUUUCCCUCUCCUUUUAUUUUGUUUAAUAUGGCACAUGUUUCACCAAUUGCCAGUUGGUGUCAUUGUUGAAACGAAUAAAUGUGUUAUAGAGUAAUAUAUAUAUAUAUAUAUAUAACUCUACAUUCUCAUGGAAAUGGUUUACAUAAUUUAAUCACAUCUGUUGGAAUUGAAAUUGAGAAAUCAGCCCUAUAAAUCACGGCUCACUGGUUUGGGAUGAACAACGGCAGGGAUUGGGUCGGAAUGAUCAAAGCUUUUUGCCUUCGACUCGUGAAACCUCCACCAUGGACUGCUUUUAUUGUAGUUUUCUCUGCUUCUGUUUGCUUUAUUUUUUUCUCCAUCUGUCUUGAAAGUAGGAUACCAUGCGAGUAGCUGCUCAAGGAUCUUCCCACAUUUGCUCUUUUUUUUUUUUUUUUGGAUGGGAGGGAGGAGGGCUAGUGUUUCUCCUGUCCAUCUCGAUUAUUUAGAUCUUGUUUGAAUUGUUAUUUUUUUUCUGAAAUUUUUUUUAUAUAUUUUAUGAAUAUAUUUUUUAAUUAUCUUUUUACUUCAUAUACAUUAAGUUACUGUGUAACAUUUUCCUACAAAAGACUCGAAAAAAAAAAAAAAAAGGGCAAUUUAAACGGGGCUCCUAACAGCUGAAGUGAUGUUACAACAACUAGUGGUUCAGCCCGCUGACAUUUGACUACAGGCUCUACAAACUCCAACAACAAACAAACUGGGGUUAAGUUCUUACCUUGAUUUUGGAAGGAUAUACCAAAUUUUAGGUGCAUUUGAAUUGAAGAUUAUUUGGGAAUUCUUGUACUAUCACUUCUUGUUUUUGUAAUAUAAUGUAUAUAAAAUAAAUAAUUGAAAAGACAAAAAAUAUUUUAAAAACAAUACCAAAAGAAAAAAAAAGAUUUCGGAUAAUGUAAUCAUAAUAAGACAUUACUCCUUAUUACUACAAUACAAAGUCAAGUUCAGGGGAUCAAAUAAAUAAGACACCAUAACCGACGCCAAGAACGAACCAGCACUGCACUUAGGGAGAUGAUUUCGAAAAUUCGAACGUUAAAGACAGAUACUUCAUUAAUUUCAAACAACAGAAUGCGAUGGGGCCCAGACCAAUUUGAAAAAGACUCCAGACCAUCUGGGCAAAAGGCAUGCAUGCCUUAGAAGUUAGAAGCUGAAGUCAGUAGUAAGUUGACAAAAGCAGCAGCCCCACCAAGGCAAAAAAGGAAAAAAAAAUUUGCCUGCCUUCUUCUUCUUUUUUGUGUACCUCUGCCGAUCGCUGACCUCUAGUGCAUGUGUGUUUUUGUGUCAUAUGUGGCUUAGCUUUCCACGCAACGUACUCUUUCAGCUUUUCAUUUGAAUUUCAAAAUUUUACUGUUCCAGAUUUAAAAAAGAAAAAGAGAGAUUAAUUUCCCCAAGAGAAAAGAAAAAGAUUAGAAGGGCAAAAAAUUCAGAAGUUCAGAUUUUUACUCAGCCCAUCAUCAGUAGCGUUGUGGCUGUGGGUUCGAACAAACUCAAACAGCAGCAGCAGCGGUCAGCCAUUCUCUUAUUAUGGGAGAUACAGCUUGUGUCAUGCACCCAUUCUCUUAUGCUUCUUCUGCUAUGUCCAAUGAACUCAACCAGGGGAAUCCCAUGCAUGUUCUCGGGGAAUCGGUUUCAUUUGGGAGGUUCGUUUCAGAAUCUUUAGCUUGGGAGAAAUGGUCCACCUUCUCCCACAACCGGUAUGUUGAAGAGGCCGAGAGGUAUGCCCAGCCUGGUUCGGUUGCCCAGAAGAAGGCUUUCUUUGAAGCUCAUUACAAGCGUAUUGCCGCUAAAAAGGCCGCAGCUUUGCUUGAGCAAGCUAAUGCCGCCGCAGAAGCUGAAAGCUUGGUUACUUCCCCCGAUAACAGCGUACCUCACUCGCAGCCCCUCGCCUUGAAUUCUACCCAACAAUCACCGGAGCCUGAGGAUCCAAAGCCUGAGUCCGUGAUUGUCAUCCUGGCUGCGAACCGCCAAAAUUCAAAUCAUCGGAGUAUUCAUUUUAAAGGAAAAAGCAGAAUCGGAGCUGAGAAAAUUGCGUCAAAGUUUUUGCUUCAAAGCUCGCCCUCUUCCAGAGUUCUACAAGGAACGGGAAACACAAAGCAGUCACACUAAAAAGAAUCCAGUUACACAAUCUCAGUCACCUAAACUGGGAAGAAAGCUCAGCUCCAGGACAAUGCAAGGCACGAUGCCAGUCUCACUUCCACCACCAGCAACCUCUUUAAACAAGAACGGCAUAUCCAAGCAUGUUUCCGGAAGAAUGGUCGAACUGCUACUAGCUUCCCAGCUUCACGACCAGAAAUCAUCAACCAUGAGAAUGCAUCCCCGAAUAUUCCGUAUUGACGAUUUAGUGGUCGGGCCUAAUGCUUAUUAUAAUCCAUUAGAACCCCUCUAAGAUGUAGUUUUCCAGAGCAGUAGCCAUACGCAGAGUCUGUAAAAUUUCAUAUCCGGACAGAUUGAAAUGUGCACAUAAACUAUGGUUGUGUUUCACUUAGCAGGCUAGCAGCAAUGUACAAAUUCUUCUGCGGAGGGUGGAAGGUUAAAGAUCCAGUCAUCCAAGACCCGUUCGAUCUCAACAAUGAGAGACCAUGUAAAGAUUUAAACAACACGCUUCUUUUGAAGAGG